AGUAGCCAGCGUACCAAACGCACUCCGCAGCUCGUGAACCGUGGCGACUCCUCCAUUCCCUUUCUGUUCUCUUCUUGCCCGUGAUCGAGCUCCUUUUCUUCCUUAAAUUCUCCCCCACAUGGCCACAUCCUCUCCACCUCCCCCACCACCUCACCACACCUGCCACUGCCACGGCCACCCUCCAGCUGCCCCGCUCGCCGCGAAGCCCGAUGGGCAUGCGACGAGCACGAUUCUUGGCCUGCAUUGCCAUGGCGGCCAUCGUGCUCCUCGCGCCGCCGUCGACGUGCGGAGUGGCGGGGCACUCGCGGGGGCUGCGGCCUGGGCGCAGCGCCGGCGCCGGUGGCGCGGGGGAUCCGCCGCCGCUGUUCCCGGUGAACGCGACGCGCGCGGAGAUGAUCGAGCGGCAGUUCAUGGAGUGGGUGCGGUACAUGGGCGGCCUCCGGCACAGCACGUUCCAGCACGCGCUGGCCCGCGCGUUCCCCUCCUACUCGCUCGUCGUCGACAAGAACCCGGCGUUCGGCGACUUCACGACCAUCCAGGCCGCCAUCGACUCGCUCCCGGUCAUCAACCUCGUCCGCGUCGUCAUCAGGGUCAACGCCGGCACCUACACGGAGAAGGUGAGCAUCUCGGCGAUGCGCGCGUUCAUCACCCUGGAGGGCGCCGGCGCGGACAGCACGAUCGUGCAGUGGGGCGACACCGCGGACUCGCCGACGGGGCCCAAGGGACGGCCCCUCGGCACGUUCAACUCCGCGACCUUCGCCGUGAACGCGCAGUACUUCCUCGCAAGGAACAUCACGUUCAAGAACACGUCGCCGGUGCCGAAGCCGGGGGCGACGGGGAAGCAGGCGGUGGCGCUGCGGGUGUCGGCGGACAACGCGGCGUUCGUGGGGUGCAAGUUCCUGGGCGCGCAGGACACGCUGUAUGACCACUCGGGUCGCCACUACUACAAGGAGUGCUACAUCGAAGGGUCCGUGGACUUCAUCUUCGGCAACGCGCUGUCGCUGUACGAGGACUGCCACGUGCACGCGAUCGCGCGGGACUACGGGGCGCUGACGGCGCAGAACCGGCAGAGCAUGCUGGAGGACACGGGGUUCUCCUUCGUCAACUGCCGGGUGACGGGGUCCGGCGCGCUCUACCUGGGCCGCGCCUGGGGCACCUUCUCCCGCGUCGUCUUCGCCUACACCUACAUGGACAACAUCAUCAUCCCCAACGGGUGGUACAACUGGGGCGACCCCAACCGCGAGCUGCGUGCACGACGACGGUAGUGCUCGAGGGCCACGCCAUGCGCGCUACGACUACGAGGCCUUUUGAGUUUUGCCAGUCUCAUGUAACGGACUCCAUGCCCUUUUUCUGCUUUUGUGGUAUGGAAAGCAAAAGAAGAGCUCAGCUAGUCAGCUACUACCUACGUUGCACGUACAUAGACGAGCUAGCUGCUGUCGACUGUAGGUUCGUGGUGAUCGAUAAAAGGCGUGCACAGCGCAGACGAAAGGGAGCACUCACCGGCUCCAUUCCAUUUCCUGUUCCGGCGAAUCAUCCGUUCGCACGGGUGGCCGGCCGCCCUCCUCAUCUCGUUGUGAUCGUGGAGGCUUUUCAGAUUCGAUUCCCGCUGCCCCGCCGGCACGGGCGCACGGCCAAAAGCACAGUCCUAUCCUAGCCGGCUUGGCCUGUCAGGAUCCUAGAUGCCAAAGGCUACCAAAACUUUUAUGUAUCUGCUAAAAAGAAAUAAACUUUUUUUCUGGAAUUCGACUCGAGCCGGCCAUAAGCUCAUGACCAUUUUCUACGUACGGCAGAGUUUGGAACCGAAAUAUUAAAGCUUGUUUAGUUGCACCCAAAAACCUAAAAUUUUUCAAGAUUUUCCCGUCACAUCGAAUCUUUUGACG